AUGAAGCCUUACAAGAAAUAUGGAUGGAGUGGUGUAUUCUCCGCCGAUGAAGUCGAUCUUGCUCGACCAACGCUUGACGGAAAGCUCUCUUUUAUUAUGAAUUUGGACAAGUCAACAGAACCUGGUAGUCAUUGGGUUGCAUGUUACAUCGAUACAAUUGGUAGUAAAUCAUUAGAGUAUUACGAUUCAUUUGGCGAGGAUCCAUCAGAACAAUUCAUGAUUGAUAUAAAGAAGAUAUAA